CCGGAGCGCGCCAUGGAGCGGCCCAGGAAGGCGGUGGUGGUGACGGGGUUUGGCCCUUUUGGGGAACACACGGUGAACGCCAGCUGGAUUGCAGUCCAGGUAACUCGAAUCAGGAGGGCAGGGAUCCGGCUCCGGCCUGGGCUCCCCUGGAAAUAUUUGGCACCAAAGAGAAGAAGGCAUCUCCAAGGACAUCUCCUGUGAAGCUUCCUGUGAAGCACUGAAGUCUGAUGUCGGCAUCUCCCCAGAGUGUAGCCACCAUAGCCAGUGUUUGUUGAGUGCCAGCUCUGUGCUCUGAAUUUGCCUAACCACCCUCGCAGGAUUAGGAGCAGUUAUUCUUGUGCCCACUUUAUGGAUGUGGAAACUGAGGCACGGAGAGAGUGUUCUGAGGUCACACAGCCAGGAAACAGAAGUGGCAUUGCCUCAGAAGUGUCCCAUGCCCCAGCCAGGUUUGGGGGGACCAGGCAGGGAUACUGGGGGAUGUAUUAACCUUGUAGAGGGGGUUUAGUGACCCUCAUUGCUGCCUUUUGGCGGCUGGGGGAGAAGAAGGCUGCAUAUUGGGGGGGAGGGGGAGGAUCUUUACCGCUGUCCUGAGCAGGGUGUCCACCUGCAAAGCCUUCCAGUUUCUUUGUCAGAUGGGGCAUUUGGAGGGACAGACUGGGAACAAUGGGUGGAGAGAAACGUUUUCUCCUGUGUAAAUCAGAUCUGCAGAGACCGGAGCCGAACUCACGUUAAUCUGAGCCCAUUAGCCGCUUGAUUUAAAGCAUCCCCUGCUUUCCACUGCAGAGCCCUGAAUUUGGAGAAAAAUCCAAGUUGACACCUCAACAUGUCACCCAUAUUUGCCCCCUCCUUGUUAUCACCUCUACUCCAGACCUCAAAGUCUUCGCCGCUUUCCUUUUUUUUUUUUUUUUUUUUUCCAAUUUUCACCCCACUUUGCAAGCGGGCCAGAGGGCCGGGUCCCGGGACCCUGCAGAUGGGCGCGUGUCCGAGGCGCUGCUGCAGUGCCCGCACCCCAGAGCCCCAGACAAAAAGGAAGCAGCGCGUUUCUGAGGACGUGUGUGUCUGGCUUUGUGGGAGCUUCAGACAGCAGCCUUCACGGGGCUGAGUGGACACAAAGCCGUGUGUCUGAAUUCCUGGGCCCCAGACACUAUGAUCUGCAUCUAAAUAGGAGAAAAAUCAAUUAAACAAUCUUUGGAAAUCCCUGCGAGCUUUGGGACGCGUCAGCGGAGGAGAGCAGCUUUUCAUCAUGCUGCCGGAGGGGAGAUGUCUCUUAGAUUUUAGUCGCCCAUCUCUCCAGACCUCUGAAGACCUUCAACUUCUUCCUCAAGUUACGAAACAAGAAGAGAGGAUCCUCCACCAUUCUGCAGCUAAGGACGCCAACCUCCCCAGAUCUGAUUGUUUCCGUUUUUAAGAAAACGGGAGGCGCACGUACAUCCUGCGCGGAGCUCAGGAAUUUUGCGCAUGUGCACCUUCGCAUCACCCGCGUCCAGAUCGCGAUCUAGAACAUUCCUAGCCCUUCCCCGUUGUUCCUGGCUGCAGAAGCCCCUUGUGCUCCUUCCAAGCCUCCCACCCCCAGGUGUAAACCUUUCUGCCAACUCGAUCGCUGCCAUAGGUGUUUCACCUGUUCUAGAACUUGGCGUCCGAGGAGUGGCGCUCGGGCGGGUGCCGUCUGCAGGGGCCGCCGCGGUUGCUCGGUGCUCUUUAGCUGCCCUGGAUGAAACCAAUUUGCCCGUGAAAAGGGUGUAGCCAUUGGAUGGAUCGAAUCCAUCCCUCAAGAAAAUAGCCUCGGAGCGUUCCUGGUGUGCUCCGGGACGGGUGGCAGGAGGAGUUGAUGUGUGUCACCUCAGGCUGAAGAUGAGUGUUUUGUUCCGCAGAGAGCUGGAGAAGCUGGGGCUUGGCGACAGCGUGGACCUGCAUGUGUAUGAGAUUCCAGUUGAGUACAAGACUGUCCAGAGGCUCAUCCCCGCCCUGUGGGAGAAGCACAGCCCACAGCUGGUGGUGCAUGUUGGGGUGUCGGGGAUGGCGACGGCAGUCACGCUGGAGAAGUGCGGGCACAACAAGGGCUACAAGGGGCUGGACAACUGCCGCUUCUGCCCCGGCUCCCAGUGCUGCGUGGAGGACGGGCCUGAAAGCAUUGACUCCAUCAUCGACAUGGACGCUGUGUGUAAGAGGGUCACUACGCUGGGCCUGGAUGUGUCGGUGACCAUCUCACAGGAUGCUGGCAGGUACCUCUGCGACUUCACCUACUACACCUCCCUGUACCAGAGCCACGGCCGCUCGGCCUUCGUCCACGUGCCCCCCCUGGGCAAGCCGUACAACGCAGACCAGCUGGGCAGGGCGCUGAGGGCCAUCAUCGAGGAGAUGCUGGACGUCCUGGAGCAGUCGGAAGGCAAGAUCAGCUGUCGCCACAAACACUGAGAGCCACUCAGGCCUCCCCGGACCUCGUCCCACCGGGGACCCUGGGAGAGACGUCCGCGCUCGGGGCCUGGCUGGGAAGAACAAGCUCAUCAGCUGGGAUCGGAUUUGGAUCAAAUGUCUUGACUUA